GUGCACAUUGCCCGAUGCUCGCACCGCUUUUCAGUAAUAAUCAUUCUGUGCCUGACCGUUGCGGGUUCCGUUCUUGGCCCACCACCCGACGUGGUUCCAUUAUAAAAGACGCGUGCCAUUCUCCAGGCCGAUGGAGUUGGAUUCGAGACUGCAAAGGUUCAGUGUCCUGCCUGGCAAACUCUAAAAAAAAAGUCAAAUACAUAUAAGUCAAAUCAAGUCAAAUAAUUUAUGACAGUUCAGUGAAAAUUCAAGUGAAAGUGAGACCGUUUUUGCAAAUUUGUACCCAAAAAGUGAUCGUUAAAUUGUUUGUUUAAAAUGCAUUUUAUUACAUCCUUCGUGCUAGCUUUCUGCUCCCUGGCACUCAGCCGGGCAGAUGAUUGGGGCUACCCGGACUGGGACAGCGACACUGUGUCUUUUCCCAAGUGGGGCGAACUUUGUGAUAAUGGACAAAGGCAAAGUCCUAUUAAUAUAGAUUCUAAAAAGACCCUCAAAGGGUUCUUUGAUCCCUUGGUUUUUGAGAAUUUCGACGACCUUCAGAACGAACUGCAAAUGGUUAACAACGGUCACACCGUUCAAUUAACGGGAUUUGAUGAUGAUCUUGUAUUGAGAGGAGGUGGCUUGUUGAACGAUUACGUCGUGGAGCAGAUCCACUUCCACUGGUGGUCGGAGCACACUAUCAACAACAUCCGCUACCCCUUAGAGAUGCACAUCGUCCACAGGAACACCAUUUACCCCAAUACUUCCAUGGCAACACAGUUCAAGGACGGCAUUGUAGUGAUCGGAGUCCUUUUCCACGCUUCCCCCAUCCGAAACGGAGCCAUCGAUAAAAUUGUCGGAAACUUGGAUAGCAUAACAAGUGCCUCAAAUAUAAAUAAGUUUGUAUCUGUUGGGAAUGUUAUGGCUUUUGAAGAGUUGAUGCCCAGUGCGGAUAACUAUUUCACCUAUGCCGGUUCUCUGACCACGCCCAACUGCGCCGAGGCCGUCACGUGGAUUUUGAUGGCCGAAACCGUUCCAGUGACCUUUGACCAGGUGAACAUGUUCAGGCAAAUUGAACACCAUAAUGGAAAAACAUUGCCCAACAAUUACCGCGCGCUCCAAGAGCUAAAUGACCGAGCUGUGGUGUUCGUGGAGGGAGACAUAUCAGGAGCAGCAAGACUCACAGGAUCUCUGGCAUUGACCCUAAUCGUCCUCUUAGCCAGCCAGAAGUUCCUCCUGUAGAGUCUGUAAAUCUGUAAUUAAGAAAAAAUUCAAAAAGAGAGCAGCCAAUGACAUACUCAAACCAAAGAAGUCGUUACGAUACAUCGAAUUUGUUUGUAAAUGUAAAGAACCGGGAAAACAGGACAAUUUAUACUCAUUAAUUGAUAAGAAAACUAGUCAGUUGAUAUAAUUUUCAAUAAUAAGCUUCAAUUUCACCAAUAAAAAAUAAAAGAUUUAAUAAACAA